AUGCUUGCUCGAAAAACAGCAUCGAGCAAAAAGAAAGGAACGAGUCGAAUUGCAAAUGGUGUACCAUUAGAUAGCAGUCUGACGUCCAUGGAUUGGUUGCCAAAGAUGCAAAUAGGAGAGAAUUCACCAUCAGCGUCGUCUUCGACAAUAACAACAGCAGUAUCUUCAAAACAAGCAUCACCAGAUUCAACAUCGUUACCAACUACUGCAUUCAAAGUAACGCAUGUUCAAUAUAAAUUGGAGGCAAACGAUGUUGAGCUGCCAACGUCAACAGCCCAUGUCAAGCCGCCAUAUAGUUAUGUAACGUUGAUUCGACAAGCAAUAUUAAGUGCUGAUAUGCAAAGGAUGACAUUGAAUGAAAUCUAUCAAUGGAUUUUAGAAGCUUAUCCGUAUUUUCGGACUGCUCCAGCCAAGUGGAAAAAUUCAAUUCGACAUAACUUAUCUUUGAAUAAAUGCUUCAAACGGCUUCAACGAAGUUCCGAUGAUCCUGGCAAAGGUUCCUACUGGACACUUGAUGAAUCAGAUGGAAGUCAUUCUCAAGUCAAUUCUCGUCGACGAAGAUUCGAUUCAAUGCAACCAUCUCAUCAUCUUUUAUCUUCAUCUCCUCAUACGCAUUCAUCACAAUCCACGGGAUUUUAUUCAAAUCAGAGUUCGAUGAUCUAUGGUGAUAUCAAUAGCACUAGCCGACAAUCCUCGUCAGCUGAUGAGUCUGAAACGACAAUCUCAAGUGCUAUUAAUACGACAUUAAUAUCAUGGGAUGACUUCAAUACGGAUCUAUCCGCUUCCUUUCGACACUUUCGCCAACAAGUUUUUGAGGUACCAACAUCAUCGUGGGUUCCGCUAGCUGAUACAUCAUCCACAAAUAGUCCGACGACAAAUCCUUGGAAUUAUGAUAUGUUGCCUUCUCAUGAAUCAAAUACUCUUUUUAACAGUGUCAAAUUAGCAUCGAGUGGCGAAAUCAAUUGGAGUGAUGUUGAUGUCAAACCAUAUUGUGAUGAUUUUCGCACGAAUCCAACAUUACAAUAUCAAGAUCGCGAUAAAUUACUUAAUCUAGCUUCGUCCAUUUCAUCCUUUUUUGAUUAUACUGGCAUCGCUAAUAUAGCGCAAAACAAAAUCUCGAAUGAAUCAGUGGUUAUAGAUCGAUCACCUAUCGCGUCGAAUCAAUCAACUUCAGAAAGUACUCACAAUUUUUCUUCUCUACCAAUUGUCGUCGAAGAAGAAGCAUUCGAUUGGGAUUCAAUCACAUUGUUUUUCGGCCUCAUUCUCAUGGAAUAUCGAUUUUUUUAUCCCAUUUCCAAGGAACAAUACGAAAACGAGUGGACACAACAAAUCCGUUUAGAAAAUCGUACAGACAUCUAUUUUGUUCUACAACCAUCAAUGAAUCAUCCAGAUACAAUGCAUGUUGACUAUGGAUUAAAACUACGGAAUGCAAAGAAACUUGAACUGAAAAAACGAGAGCAACGUUUUGCCAAUGGGCAAGAAUCUUGGACAAAAACCAUUCAUUCAUUCCGAAGUGUUUCUCUCGAUGACAUGAAUUCAAUAAUUAAAAUUUUGAAAAAAUCGAACGAAAUGUACUUGAUUGAACGACUGACAUCUAUUCAGCCGAUAAUUAUAUGUUAUGUCAGUAAAAUUCGCAAUCAAGAAAUUGGACAAUCGAACUCAAAUAGGCAGUGA